UUAAAUGCCAAUGCUCUUUCUCCGAUCCGACAGAAAUGAACGCUUUCCCUUAAAUUCACAUAUUUUUAAUUAAAAAAAUAAAAAUAAAUUAUAAUUCGACAAUCCAACUUAACCCGCGCAGUUUUGCGAUGAAUUUUGGAGUUUCCACUUCCAUGGACGUUGCAAUCUCCACUCCGUCGCUUCACCUCUCCUUCAAGUCCACCGCUGCGAUCUCAUGUCAAGCUCCUAGAAGCCGGAAUGCGUAUUCCGCGAGCUUAUUUUUCGGUUCCCGCCGGUUUGGGAGAAGGAUCAUCUCUGUCAAAGCUGACCAGUCUUCUUCCAGAGCCACGGACUACGAUUUCAUCAUUGAAGACGUCCCUCACCUGACUGACUUUCUUCCCGACUUGCCGUCGUAUCCAAAUCCACUGAAAAACAGUCGGGCUUAUGCAAUUGUCAAGGAAACUUUUGUAAAGCCAGAAGAUUGCACAAAAAGUAAGAUUGUGGUUACAAAAGAUAGCACUAGAGGAGUUCAUUUUCGGCGAGCAGGUCCUCGUGAAAAGGUUUAUUUCAAGUCAGACGAGGUGCGUGCCUGUGUAGUAACAUGUGGGGGAUUGUGUCAUGGGAUUAACACAGUGGUUCGGGAGAUUGUCUGUGGCUUGAACUAUAUGUAUGGCGUUAAUGAUAUGCUUGGAAUUGAGGGAGGAUACAGGUUUUACUCAAAGAAUACAUUAAAGUUGACACCUAAAGUUGUCAACAAUGUCCACAAACAUGGUGGUACAUUUCUUCGUACUUCACGAGGAGGUCAUGAUACAAAUAAGAUUGUUGAUAACAUUCAGGAUCGUGGAAUAAAUCAGGUAUAUAUCAUUGGCGGUGAUGGUACUCAAAGAGGAGCAGCUUUAAUUUAUCAGGAAAUUGCAAAACGUGGUCUUCAAGUUGCUGUUGCUGGGAUCCACAAAACAAUUGAUAAUGACAUUGCUGUGAUAGACAAAUCUUUUGGGUUUGAUACUGCGGUUAAAGAAGCACAGAGGGCCAUUAAUGCUGCUCACGUUGAGGUUGAAAGUGUAGACAAUGGAGUUGGAAUCGUUAAACUUAUGGGUCGAUAUAGCGGUUUUAUUGCCACAAUUGCAACUUUGGCAAGUAGAGACGUGGAUUGUUGUUUGAUUCCAGAAUCACCAUUCUACUUGGAAGGGACAGGAGGGCUCUUUGAAUUUGUAGAACAGCGGCUUAAAGAGAAUGGGCAUAUUGUUAUUGUGUUAGCAGAAGGAGCAGGACAGAAUUAUAUAGCACAGGACAUGCAUGCAGUUGAGGAGAAAGAUGCGUCAGGAAGUAGAUUGCUACUAGAUGUUGGGCCGUGGUUAUCUCAAAAGAUUAAGGAUCAUUUUACUAAGGUUCAGAAGAUGGCAAUUAAUAUGAAAUACAUAGAUCCUACAUAUAUGAUUCGAGCUAUCCCCAGUAAUGCCUCGGAUAAUGUAUAUUGCACUCUUCUUGCUCAGAGUGCUGUCCAUGGUGCCAUGGCUGGAUACACUGGGUUUACUGUUGGACCCGUAAAUAGCAGACAUGCUUAUAUUCCAAUUGCUCGUGUUACGGAGACUCAAAACACAGUGAAGUUAACUGGCAGAAUGUGGGCAAGACUUCUUGCGUCUACCAAUCAACCUAGUUUCGUGACAAAUUAUGAGGCACUGAAAGAAAAAGCUGCUGAUAUCAACAACGUCGAUAUUUCUGCUCAGAUUUAAUGGCAGCAUCGAUAUUUCUGCUCAGAUAUAAUGGCCAUUAGUUAAAUUCAAACUGGACCAGUGUCGCAUCCAGGAUCUUUCAUGUUGCCAGUCAGUUUUGUUGGUCUGGCAAUUAGGAUUUUUAUGAGGCACAGACAUGGAGGAGACUCAUUGGGAAACCUUGUCUUCACUAAUGAGAUUUCCAGCCAUUUAAAGAGUAGAAUGCCAAAGAAUAUUCUUUGAUACGCAAUCUUAAUGGAGCUUGAAACAAUGACAAUUGGUUCUUGCAUUGUCUCCCUCACACUCAUCUCAUUAAGACAGCAGGGACCACUCCUUCAACAUGGACAAUUUCCUGUCUCUAUAUAUAUCGGUUUCAUUCUUUUUUUUUUUAGGGACAGGGCAGCUGCGAGAGUGAAAGAAAGGAAAGGGACAAUUCUGGGCCAAUGGAAGUGACUCAACUCUUCCAACCCAUUUUAUUACAUGUAAGGACAGGCGCAGCCUCUUUUUUGUCUGUUUCUUCAUUAAAUGAUUGCUGCUUCACACUUGAUACACAGACAGCUUCAAUUUUUUUUUUUUUUUUUUUUUUU